AUGACCAGUUGGUAUUCUUAUGGCGUUGCGCUCUUCGCCGCAAUCGGCACAUUCCUUUUUGGAUUUGAUACAGGGAUCGCGACGACAACCAUUGCCCAUCAAAGCUGGAUCGAUUAUAUGGGCCAUCCCUCCAAGGGAUUGACAGGAGCUGUUGUUGCUGUUUAUAUUUCCGGCGAGGCAGUCGGGGCAUUAACACAAACACUGAUUGGUGAUAGACUGGGUCGGCUGCAUUUUAUGGAGCUGAUGUGUGUUGUUGUCACGGUUGGAACUGUCAUCCAGACUGCUGCAGUUAACAUUGGCAUGUUCCUCGCUGGCCGUGUGCUGGCCGGUUACGCUGUCGGAGGAAUGGUAUCUACUGUACCCAUCUAUCUUAGCGAAAUCUCCGAUCCUCGACAUCGCGGCUUGAUUGGAGGCAUCUCUGGCUGCGGCAUCUCGUUUGGCACCAUGGCCUCCAAUUGGGUAGGAUACGCCUGUAGCUUUGCUCCUUACGGUCCGGUACAAUGGAGACUUCCCCUGGGAAUACAGAUCCCUUGGGGUAUCAUCAUGUUCUGUGGCUUAAUUAGCUUUAUGCCUAAUUCGCCGCGUUAUCUGAUCCGCAAUGGAAAGGUCGAACAAGCACGCAGAGAGUUUACGCGGAUUCGGCGAGAUUUGCAUUCCGAUGAUGUGCACCGAGAGUUUUCUCUCAUGUUGGCGCAGAUUGAGUAUGAAAAGGAGCGCGAGAUUACGUCCUACCUGGAGAUCUUUAAGUUAUUCAGACAUCGUGUUCUAGUGUCUAUCGCCGUACAGACAAUGACCAGCCUUACCGGCGUGAAUGUUAUCCAGUACUAUCAAACAAUCCUAUACGAGUCCCUAGGUAUAAACUCGCACACUAUCCUGGGCCUAGCUGCAGUCUAUGGUAGCAUAGCGUUUCUUGUCAACAGCCUCACCACAAAAUACCUCACUGACCAAUGGGGUCGUCGAAAAAUGAUUCUUUCAGGUCUUGCCGGGAUCGUGGUCAUUGAAAUUUACGCCGCCGUCAUGCAGCACGAGUUCCAAAAUACCGACAAUCGAGUUGGGAAAGGCUUUGCAAUCCUUGGAAUUUACUUAUUCGUUGUCGCUUACUAUGGUAUGCUUAAUAGCACAACGUGGCUGUAUGGUGCCGAAGUCCUGCCGGUUGCGCUGCGAAGCAAGGUCAUGGGACUGGCCGCCGCGUCGCAUUUUAUUGUGAAUGUGGCUAUCACCGAGGCUGGGCCUAGUGCCUUUGCCAAUAUCCAUGAGAAUUAUUACUAUGUCUUUGUGGCCUGCUCGCUUUUCUUUUUCAUUGUGGCCUACUUUUAUUUCCCUGAGACGAAACGGAAAACGCUUGAGGAGAUCGCGGCCUCUUUUGGGGAUAAGGUCAUUGUACCGGACAGAAUGGAUGCGGGAGUCGAUGAUGAUGAUGGAGAUGUUGUCAAGCCUCGCGCUCAGCAGGUGGAGUGA